AUGGGAUUAAUGAAAAAUUCAACAUGUUUUCUUCAACCAUCAUCGGCUUCUACAGUAGCUCUGCCAAUCAUCUAUUCCUUCCUAUUUACUACAGGCAGUUUUGGAAACAUUCUUUCUGGGUGGAUAUUUUCAAAGCACAUAUCUACAAAAAGAACACAGAACAUCUACCUGACAAAUCUUGUUAUUGCAAAUUUAUUUGUAUGCAUAACAAUGCCUUUUCUCGCUGCCUACUUUGCAGAUGGCUAUCAGUGGGAGUAUGAUUCCAUGCUAUGUAAAAUAGUAAACUACUUUGGAAUUCUGGUUAUACACACUAGUAUGUAUGUCAGCAUUACAAUUUUAUGUUGGACUGCUUUAAGUCAGUAUUCAACAGUGAUGAAAAAUAAUGACCACACGCAAUAUUCUCCAACAGUUAACGAAAACUACUUCUAUAAAUGCCUACUGGAAAAGUUUCGUCAGCCAAAAUUUGCUAAAUACUUGUGCAUCAGUAUAUGGAUCAUUGUACUGGGCGUAACUGUACCAGUGAUAGUAUAUGAUUUGUAUCUAGAGCCUGAUCAAGAACAAGUUGACCGAUGCUACCACUGGAAAGCAGAAAAUGGCGAACUCACUGCAAAGAUCACAGUUCUUAUUGCUACUGCAUGGUUUUUUUUAUUUUUUAUUACAGUAUUAUUCUCAUACUAUUCCCUUGUCAAUCACCUGAGUAAAAUGCAGAAAAAUACUUGCAUUGGAAAGAAACAUCUAAUUUACAGUACAGUCAAAAGAAACAUUUUUGUCAUCCUGCUUAUAUUAACUGUCUGCUAUCUUCCAUAUCAUAUUUUAAGGCCAGUUUUUUAUGCGCUGCUUGGUAGUGAAGACUGCCAGAUGAUGAACUAUUUAGUGGAAGCAAAAAACUUUCUUACUUGUCUUGCAGCUGCCAAAAGUAGUUUAGAUCCUCUUGUAAAUCUUUUAUUAGAUAAAACAUUUAAGAAGAGUCUGUACAAUCUCUUUAGAAAAUCUUCAUCACAAGAUCACAAUCAUACAGCUGAUAUUGAAGAGACUACACAAAUGUGAAGAAGGAAUAAGUAAAAAUCUUAACUGGACAUACUUUAGGACAAAAACCUUUUUGCCAAACAGCUACCUAUAACAGAAGAAUUCUUUCUAUCCACAGUGAAAAUGAAAUUUACAGAUAAAAGAUGAAUUUAUAGAAUUAAAAAAAACCUGCUUAUGAACAUUUGAACUGUUAGCAAAGUUGGAAACAUGAAUUGUUGCUUGAUGAACCUUUAUACUUCUUACAAUGAACUGAGCACUAUGAUUUUGCUUACACAAAAUGAAAAAGGGAUUACAUUUUAUGUUUGAACUAUACACAUUGAUUAAUUCCAGUCCUUGGAGAAACCAAAGAUAAGGAAAGUGAAGAGAGC